AUGUUUGUGGAUGAGAAUUAUAACAAAAUAAGCUCGAAGAUUGAGAAGGUACAGAGUGUGAGGUCCACACCACUGACUGUGAUUAAGACCGAUGAACGGGCAUUCAAGGGCCUCUCCUUAUCUUCUUCCUUCUUCUUCGGCGCUGCUUCUCUCUGCGUAGGUCCCACCUCUUUGGUCUGCCUCCCGUGCCGUCACCCGCUCACCAUCGAGAACGCGCACAAGAAGGGAGCGGAAAGCACCAAGAAUGGCUGCGACUCGCAGAGCAAGCGCCUCGGUGUCAAGAUUUACGGCGAGCAGGUCGCCAAGCCCGGUUCCAUCAUCGUUCGCCAGCGCGAAACCAAGGUAGUUGUCAGGAAUAUCCCUCAUAUGCCUGCUCACUCAAUAUCAGAUUUUGUGGAUGGCUUCUUUCAAAAAAGCCACCUUGACCAUUAUAUUGGACACCAGAAAUUCGUUGAAUAUGCGAAAAGAAGAGAUAGACUUCAAUAUUGGCUGGACUAUUACCAGCUUAAGUUCGAGAGACAUCCUGACAAGAGGCCCACAGUCAGGAAUGGAUAUUUAGGUCUUUGGGGUGGGAAAGUUGUUAAGUACUACAAGCAUGCAGUCACAGACCUUGAUAAGCUGGCUAUUUCUCCAAGUAGUGGCAUGGCAUGGAGACAAUUCAAUGGUGGUAAAGGACAUGGGAUUGCAACAAAUGGACGCAAUGAUGGAAUAGUUGAAGUUGCACUAGAUGGAGGCAAUGAUGGAACAACGGAAGAAGAGAUAAUGAAGCAGAUAAGGGACAAGGUCGUGGCCACGGUGGAUUUAGGGGACGAGGCUGAGGAAGAUGAGGAGGAUUUUAUGGACAAGUCGUGGUCGCGACGCUCUUCCGUUACCAACACCCCAUAA